CCACCAUCACCAUGCAUCCGAUGUCCCGUUAGAAUGAGCUGUUGCGCCUAUUUUUUAUAAGUAGUUUAGCUGCAUAGCGUGUAGUAGCUUGCAGGAGAAAAAAUGAGUCGACAUUUUACUGCUGCUUUUUGUUUGGCUUUAUUUUUUCUUCCUCUGCUGAGCAGUUCGUGUCCUGCACAAUGCAGCUGCUUCUUCCACAAAUUAAGCGACGGAUCAAAAGCAAGGAGUGUACUUUGCAAUGAUCCGGAGAUCAGUGUGGUUCCUCCAAAUUUUCCAGUUGACACAUCGAAGCUACGCAUUGAAAAGACAGCAAUCACGCAGAUUUUAAGUGACAACUUCCAUUACCUCAACAACCUGGAGUUUCUGUGGAUGUCUUUCAAUUCACUGAAUUCACUGAAUGUUGACAGUUUCCGGGGUCUUUCCAACCUGGAUGAGCUCCGGCUGGAAGGGAACUCCCUCACCUCCUUUCCCUGGGAGUCUCUGACUGACAUGCCAAGCCUGAGGCUUCUCGACCUACACAACAACAAGAUCUCCACCAUCCCUGCUGAAGCCACCAUGUACAUUAAGAAUAUAACCUAUCUGGACUUAUCCAGCAACAGUCUGACUACCAUACCUGCAGACGUUCUAACAAUGUGGCUCAGUGUGAAACUUUCCCAGGACACCGAUUCCAAACUAAUUCUCGGUCUUCAUGACAACCCGUGGCUUUGUGACUGCCGGCUGUACGAUCUGGUCCAGUUUCAGAAAUCCCCAUCCUCAUCUGUGGCUCUCAUUGACACCAGGCUGAGGUGCGCUGAUCCAGAAAGCUUGUCAGGAGUUCUUUUUACUGAAGCGGAGCUGCAGAGGUGCCAGGGUCCUCGGGUACACACGGCCGUGGCUCGUGUGAGAAGCUCACUGGGCAACAAUGUCCUGCUGCGUUGUGGCACAGUUGGAGUUCCUAUCCCCGAGCUGUCCUGGAGUCGCGCUGAUGGCAAGAAAAUGAACGGCACCAUUCAGGAAGAGAUUUCAAAGGAGGGCAUCAUUUGGUCAAUUCUGAGUGUGCCUGCGGUCGCCUACCGAGAUUCUGGGAAAUAUGUGUGCAAAGCAACCAACUUUGUGGGCACUGCUGACGCAAUCAUCUCUUUGGUGAUCACAGAUUCCUUUCGGUCAGAGGAAACAGGUGGCAGUGUUUCUAAGAGAACCAGAGGGAAGAAACCUGGUGGCAUUGGUAGAGCGGCAUACCAGGAAAAACUUAUUGCCAGAUAUGUUCCUCCACCAACCAGUGCUGCUGCCCGCCCCAUCAUCGAACCUCUCAAUGGCAAAGGCGUAACCGGCAAGUAUGAGAUAGAGAGCUACAGCAUCUCCGAUGGUGCUUCUCAGGGACGAGGCAAGGCGUCAGACCCUCAGAAGCCGGUGGAGGUGGAACAGGAUGCUCUGAGUAAUUUAGCAGCAAAUGCCUCAUCCUUGCAGCAAGCUCCGGAGAAAAGGAUAGUGCGUUCGGUGAAGGUGAUUGGUGACACUGACCAUACUGUCUCUCUCAACUGGCGAGCCCCUACAGCCACAAACACCACAGAAUUCAGUGUCCUAUAUGCUAUAUUUGGUGAGAGAGACAUGCGCCGGAUCAAUGUAGGCGCUGGAAAGAACCGGAUCACAAUUGACGGCCUUGUGCCAAAGACAAAGUACAUUGCUUGUGUUUGCGUCAAGGGCCUGAUCCCGAAAAAGGAGCAGUGUGUGAUCUUCUCAACAGAUGAGGCGGCCAGUGCCAGUGGUACUCAGAAGCUUAUUAAUGUGGUGGUGAUAACUGUGGCGUGUGUGAUUGCUGUCCCCCUGACACUGAUCGUGUGCUGCGGGGCGCUAAAGAAGCGCUGCCAAAAGCUACUGGGGCGGCAGUCCAAGGAAAUGCAGGACUCGUAUGUCACGUUUGAGACCCUCGCCCCCGGGACCAAAACUAAAGGGAUGGAGGGUGAGUAUCUGACCAGGCUAAAUCCUGAUGAAUCCAACAGGCUGCUCUCAGCGAGGUCCAGUGUUGACUCAGAGGCCAUAGCCAGGACUGAGGGGCCACCUAAUGAGUACUUCUGCUAAAACCAAACAUAUACCACAACCUCCAGAGGAUGCACUUUGUUUUCUAACAGCCUGUGAUGUGAAUAGAUAAACCACUGUGCUCAGAGACUCUAAAGAGUCAAACUAUUUAUUCCCUUUUAGGGAUCUUCAGAGGACACCGAUUGCUCUGUCAGCAUUGGAUGUAUGAAAUUGUUUUACAGCCUUGUGGGAAUUAAUCCACCAUUCAUUUGGUGGACAGCAAAAAAGGGAAAAUAUACAGAGUGACACGGUUUUAAUAUUUUACAUGUGGUGUAAAUGUGUAAAAAUAAGGGUUUUCUAAUUCAUAAUGCACUUUUAAAGGUCAUAUUUUGCAGAGGAAAAGUCAUGAAAUGUUGCCCAUAACUGUCAAAAAACCAAUUAAUUAAUUUUUUUCCAAGAUGUAACCUCUGCAACCUCUGUCUUUAUUUAAAACAAAGUAUUUAGAGAAAAUAUGAACCAGCAGUUAUUAGUCUAUUUUCUAUGUCAGUAUGAUGUUAACUUGCCGGGCUUACUGUUUACACUAAUACAGUACAUUUUAUAACGUGUAAAUAU